AUGUUUCAAAAUAAAACAAUUUCUAUUGCUGGAAAGUCUGAGUUGGAUGUUUAUUUAGAUGAGGCAAAACUUGAUUAUGAAGUGUUUGAAGAUUCGGAUGUACUUAAUUAUUGGAAGGAUAAUGCUAAGCGCUUUCUUGAUCUUUCUAUUAUGGCACAAGAUGUAUUGAGCAUUCCGAUUACUACGGUAGCCUUAGAGUCUGCUUUUAGUAUUGGUGGUUAUGUUCUCACCAAGUUUAGAAGUUCCCUCCACCAUGAAAAUGUUCAAAUGCUUGUUUGCACGAAAAAUUGGUUGCAUGGCUUUUCUUUAGUUGCCGAUGAUGAUAAUGAUUCAGAGUUGGAGACAUCAUUGCUAUCCAAACAAGACUUAAAUGUUUUGGUUGAGGAUGAAGAUUGA